AUGACUUUCCAAGAUCCCACCGCCUCCUCAACCUCCUCCCCUGCAUCUCGUCUAGCCAAACGCGCUGACGAUCCCACGAACAUCACCCUCGUGAUUCCGCCCCCGUCUCUCAACCCCGACGGCACCGCCGCCGCAGCAACCCUCCUCCCCUUCCCCUCUGCUCAACCACUCCGCCUCUUCAACCGUGGCAAGUCCGAUGAACACUACGGCUUCUACACCUACUUCGACAGGUCGAUCUUCUUGAAGUCGAUCGACUCGUCGACUGGCCGCGGCGGUAACCCUGCGGACACGAACGGGGGGUCUACGAGGGAUGCGGCAACGCUCAGGUGCACUUUUACCCAGACGAGGUUUUUGGUACAGGUUUGGACGAAAUCCAAUCAAGCGCUCCUCAAUCCGCCACAAAACACGACUGAAGAAGCGUUCAAGCGCCCUGGCACGUUUCCUUACCCUGUUACGUUCACGCUGGAUAGGCACGGCGGCGAUGUGGCGAAGAAGAACCUGUUUUGCUAUAAGAUGGAGAGCGAUGGCACAAUCGUUAACAAGGACGCGAAUAAGUUCUUUCAGUUUGAGGAUCGCGGGUUUGGAGGGAAUCUUGUGAAUGGGACACAAGGGCGGCCGAAUGCGAAGGGGCCUAUUGACGGUGGGACUGGAGGUUGCAGGUGCAAAUGGCAGAACUGGGUGGAUUAG